CAAGUACACGAGCCACCUCACCCGGAGGAUAGUUAUGAUGUACUCUCAUUUCAAAUGAUGUUUUACUCAUCUGCCAACAAUUUUCCCGAUGAGACAGCUAACGUUUGACUGAGCUUACUUUUAAGAAAGCCGCAGGAGAAACUUUUUUUUUUUUUUUCGUGGUAACGAACAUUUACGGAAGAAAAGCGACGUGCGAUGGAUGCCUCGAAAUUGGUUCUGUUUGUUACAGCACUGAGCUUCAUGUUUUCUGCUGUUGGUGCUGUUCAGGUGUGUGAUGUGGUAAAUGAGAUUGUGCUGGCAAGAGAGAGAUGCGAGAAUAAAACAGCAAGAAACGUCACAUCAGGUUGCCAAGGGAUGUGGGAUAUGAUUGCUUGCUGGCCAGCAGCCAAAGUUGGGGAACAUGUGGUGAUUCCUUGUCCAUAUUACUUUAGACACUUCUCGGACCACCAUGAGGGUAACCUCUCCAAGACUUGCACUGCAGAUGGCUGGACUGAGAUGCACCCGAUGACGAUUGCAGAGAAUUGUGGGUAUAACCUUAACGGCACAGUUGAUGACGAUAGUUUCUUUAGGUCGGUGAAGAUUGGUUACACCAUCGGCCACAGUGUUUCUCUCAUUUCUCUCACUACUGCCAUUGCAAUACUUUGUAUAUUCAGGAAACUACACUGCACACGAAACUACAUCCACAUACACCUGUUUGUGUCCUUCAUCUUGAAGGCCAUUGCUGUCUUCGUCAAAGACGUGGUCUUGUAUGAUGUGAUUCAGGAGUCUGACAACUGCUCCACUGGAUCUGUUGGCUGCAAAGCUGUGAUUGUCUUCUUCCAGUAUUGCAUUAUGGCCAGCUUCUUCUGGCUCCUAGUGGAAGGUCUCUAUCUUCAUGCUCUAUUGGCCGUCUCCUUCUUCUCAGAGAGGAAGUACUUCUGGUGGUACAUUCUGAUAGGUUGGGGAGGCCCAAUGAUCUUCAUCAUGGCUUGGAGCUUUGCCAAGGCUUACAUCAAUGAUGUCGGAUGCUGGGAUAUAAUUGAGAAUUCCGACCCAUUCUGGUGGAUUAUCAAGACCCCGAUUUUAGGCUCAAUUCUGAUGAACUUCAUCCUGUUCAUUUGUAUCAUUCGGAUACUGCGGCAGAAGAUCAACUGUCCUGACAUUGGGAGAAAUGAAUCAAAUCAGUAUUCGAGAUUGGCAAAGUCCACUUUGUUGUUGAUUCCACUCUUUGGGAUAAACUUCAUCAUAUUUGCUUUCAUUCCAGAGAACAUAAAAACCGAGCUACGGCUUGUGUUUGACCUCAUUCUUGGGUCAUUUCAGGGUUUCGUGGUUGCUGUACUGUACUGUUUCCUGAAUGGAGAGGUCCAAGCUGAGAUCAAGAGGAAAUGGAGGCGAUGGCACCUCGAAAGGUUUCUUGGUCCUGACACCAAGUACCAGCACCCAUCCAUGGGCAGCAAUGGCAACAACUUCAGCACACAGAUCUCCAUGCUGACUCGCUGCAGCCCCAAGACUCGCCGUGCAUCAGUAUGCCAGGACGAGUCAUCCAUAACAGUCUAACUUAACAUCUACUCUGCAGAACAAUGAUGUACAUUGUGGUAUGUCAUCAUAGAGGAUGAGACUGUGCUUAAAAUGGAAAGUCAUGAAUAUCUUGUUCAGGAAAUGGUCACCUUGUAAAGAUUCAAUCAUUCCAUCAACGUGAACAUUCGUUUAGUGGUAUGAACUAGUUCCAAAUUUCACAUUUUUAGCUACACAUACCUUAGGAGGCAUGAGCUACCUAUAGCUAUUGCUCCUUGUUUACAGGAGUGUGUCCUACACCUAGUUUGUGACUGAACGCAUUGUAAUUUGAUGCUCUGAGGUUCUUGAAUGAAAAAUUCAGCAUUGGACAGGACAUGCACUGAUCAUCCUUCCUCUCUGUGAUACAUAAAACCUGUAAAUAAAGUAGAGAUAUUCUCCUGGAGAGUUGUGAGAUACUGCAGUUGUAGACUCUUGAUGUCAUUAAGUGCAGACUUAGCUCUGCAGGGACACAAAUGCAACAGCAUAAUCCGGAAUGACUGAUGAUACAGUGUAGGAAAAAGAGGUUAAGGGAUUCUCUACCUGGACUGCUCUUUAUGAGAUAUUUUUGCUUAUGAUGUAAGUAAAAAAAAAAAAAAAAAAGGAGAAACAACAAAAAGGUAACCAAAAGUGAACUGUUGAAUAUCCAAUAUAUGGAGAUACACUGUAGAGACCAAAUGUGAUAUUUCUUCUAAACAUGUUCAUGUAAUUUUCUUUGAAUUAUUUUUUCAAACCAGUAUGUGUGUGUGUGCGCAUGUAUGUGACUGUCUCACCCAAAAGUGGGAUAAUCUGACGAAAACCUCAGUUUGGGAACGUUUGGGCACAACCUUAAUAGAGUCCAACAGUCUGGUUCAGAAGUAAAAACCCCAUUAAUUUUUUCCAUAGGGGAAUUAAUUUUAAUGAUAAUUUAUAGCCUUUUAAAGACAGACAUACCACCAGCUCUGAGGUUGUGAAUAGAUGGUAUAUGCAUUUGUUGAAGCCAUCAGUCCGUGUUUUUUAAAAAAAAUCAUGUUUAACAGUGGAUUUCCUGCUGAAGAACUACAUUGCCCAUGAUCCUGAAGGGGAAAAAAGCCACCUAUCAGAGAAUCGUGGCAGGCAAAGCAUACCAAAAGAGUUCAGCAGUGACAGCUCACUUCCAUGAUGCACUGCUAAAGAAUGACGCAACCCAGUUGCGCACCCUAUACUCUCAAAAUUAGAGUCUUGAGAUAAGGGACAAAACAUCUUACAUACAAAAGCCCUCUUGAUGUUAAAAAUCAAGAAAUUGAUAAUAAAAAUACUGAAAAGAUUUAAUCUAACAGAAAUGUGUAUACUCUGGGCAUUUAAUACUUAUAUUUUUAUAUUAUUUUCUUAGAAUUUUUUUAAAUGCAUGCUCUACUUGGAAGCACUAGUAACUUAACCUGUCCUCAGCACGAGGUCACAAUGUUAAACUGCCAAAAAUCCAUUUAAAAUGCAACAAAUUCAUAAAUAUAAAUAUCAAAUGAAAGGUAGGGAUCUGUAUGAUAUCAAACAAUACAUAAAGUAAGCUUUAAAUUAUAUUUUCCAUAAAAAACUGCCUAUCAAAGUUGUGUCCUCACUUUGCAUCAACUCUGUCGGAUUUUUUUAUAAUCCUAAAUAAAUCAGACAAUGUCAAGGUCAGCUAUAUCUCUGAGUAGCCCUUUCCCACUUUCUGCUCAUGGUGGAUGCAACAGUAGGACACAUGGUCUGGUAAGUUUUAUAUUUUUUUAUACUUUAAACAAACAAUGUUUAAGUCUCUGCAGUCACAGCUUCAAUGUGUCAACUUUUCAGAAAAAAAAUGUUUUUAUAAAAACCUGUUCUCUUACAUGGGUUGUUAGCUGAGACCUUUGUCUAUAAAAAAUAUCCAUUUCAAAUUAAUUUAGUAAAAAAAAAAAAAAAAUGAUUUAAAACAGGUUUUGUCCCUUAUCUCCAGAAUCAGCUGUUUAUCUAAAUAUUUUGAUAUAUAUUGAUUAAAUAGUUAUAAUCAACAACUUUAAUUUAAUAUUUUAAUAUUUUUCCUUACUUCAUUUGCAGUGCUUCAUGGAAUUGUAGUUCAUUCCCUCAAUAAAGACGUUAACUGCAAAGUCUUGUACCUUACUUUUUUGCUACAAAUGAAAGUGUGUAAUGUUGUGAUUCGCCUCAGAGCUGAUUGGUUUGGUUCAUGGCUUAAAAUGUCUCAGUUACGAACGUAACCUUGGUUCCCUGAAAGGAAAUGAGACGUUGCAUAAUUAUGCAAUAGGGUCUAUGUCAGUGGUCUCACGU